CCAUCUGUCAGAGGUGGUAGGGGAUCCAGUCAGCGGCUCCCCUUAACAUGCCUCUAAUCUUGUAAGUUACAACAUCCUAGCUGAGAGGUAGGUCCUGGGCUCCCCACCCUCCAGGAUCCCUGAACCACUCACUGGGGACGCCAGCGCCGCUGUGGAUACCUAAGCAGUUUUAUGACUUUCUCCCACUUAAAUGGAAAUUUCUUGAAGGAGAGAUGUGGGCUCAUUUUCCCAGACUUCUCUGUCAGGGGGAGACCCAUGGCAGCUCCCUCAUCGCAAAGGAGCCACUUUGGAGUUUUACUCCCUCCCCACACCCCAUCCCUGGGGAUGGGAAGGAUGUUCUGUGACUCUCGGGCAUGCUGUCUGAGGCUAGGAUGGAAAGUCACAGCCUGCAGGCUGGAUUGAGUCGCGGGAAGCCGCUGGCGGUCUCCGGGUGUGUCCAUUGAACUGCGGAGGAUUGGUCCUCAGCGCGGGAACCCAAGCGUCGAAGCAUCGCCCCGAGGCUAGCCAGCACCUGGAGGGCAGGACCGAGCCGCUCCUGCCCACACUCAUUGCAGGAGGAUGGCAGGACCAGGAGCGGUAUAGAAGGGAGAAACCCGGAGACCCGAUCGGAUCGUCCAGUUUGUUCAUAGGGCACCAGGCGGACUUGACUCUCCGGACAGCUAGCUCCAAGCCUCAGGAAGAACAGACCGAAACUCAGGCCCGUGUUCUGCAGGGGGCAGACUGAGCUGACCCCGACUGGGUGUGCACUGGUGGAAGCGUGCUUUGGGGCAUCCUGCACACCCCUAGCCCGGCCCGUGGACACUCUGGAGAGGAGGGAGUGGCAGCCGCGGGACUAAGGCAGAGCGAGGGUCACCUCUCAAAGUGACGCCCCCAACAGGUCCGGAUUUGGAAUCGGCAGAGGCAGAAAUCCCGACCUCCCCGGCCUGCCUCGCACACCCCACCGCCCCCGCCCGGAGCCCCGGCACUGAGCUCGUCAGCCCCCCGGGGGACGCCCCGUCGGCUGCGGGCUUCCUCUUGCAGACCUGCCCGCGCACAUGAGACCGUUGCCCCCGCCGCAGGCGCCGGCGCCCCCCUCGCGGUGCCGGUGGUGAUGCCAUGCCCCGCCACCACGCGGGAGGAGAGGAGGGCGGUGCCGCCGGGCUCUGGGUGAGGAGCGGCGCGGCGGCGGCGGCGGUGGCGGCGGGUGGGGGGCGCCCGGGCAGCGGCAUGAAGGAUGUGGAGUCCGGCCGCGGCAGGGUGCUGCUGAACUCGGCGGCCGCCAGGGGCGACGGCCUGCUGCUGCUCGGCACCCGCGCGGCGGCGCUCACUGGAGGUGGCGGCGGCCUGAGAGAGAGCCGCCGGGGCAAGCAGGGGGCCCGGAUGAGCCUGCUGGGGAAGCCGCUCUCCUACACCAGCAGCCAGAGCUGUCGGCGCAACGUCAAGUACCGGCGGGUGCAGAACUAUCUGUACAACGUGCUGGAGAGACCCCGCGGCUGGGCGUUCGUCUACCACGCGUUUGUCUUUCUCCUUGUAUUUGGUUGUUUGAUUUUGUCAGUGUUUUCUACUAUCCCUGAGCACACAAAAUUGGCUUCAAGUUGCCUCUUAAUUCUGGAGUUCGUGAUGAUCGUUGUCUUUGGCUUGGAGUUCAUCAUUAGAAUCUGGUCUGCAGGUUGCUGUUGUCGUUAUAGAGGAUGGCAAGGAAGACUGAGGUUCGCGAGAAAGCCUUUCUGUGUUAUAGAUACCAUUGUUCUUAUUGCUUCAAUAGCAGUUGUUUCUGCAAAAACUCAGGGUAAUAUUUUCGCCACGUCCGCACUCAGAAGUCUCCGGUUCCUGCAGAUCCUGCGUAUGGUGCGCAUGGACAGGAGGGGAGGCACCUGGAAGUUGCUGGGCUCGGUGGUUUACGCUCACAGCAAGGAAUUGAUCACAGCUUGGUACAUAGGAUUUCUGGUUCUUAUUUUUUCCUCUUUCCUUGUCUAUCUGGUGGAAAAGGAUGCCAAUAAAGAGUUUUCUACAUACGCAGAUGCUCUCUGGUGGGGCACAAUUACACUGACAACCAUUGGCUAUGGAGACAAAACGCCCCUAACUUGGCUGGGAAGAUUGCUCUCUGCAGGCUUCGCACUCCUUGGCAUUUCUUUCUUUGCACUUCCUGCUGGCAUUCUUGGCUCAGGUUUCGCACUAAAAGUACAGGAACAGCACCGCCAGAAACAUUUUGAGAAAAGAAGGAAUCCAGCUGCCAACCUCAUCCAGUGUGUUUGGCGUAGCUACGCAGCUGAUGAGAAGUCUGUUUCCAUUGCAACCUGGAAGCCACAUCUGAAGGCCUUACACACCUGCAGCCCUACAAAGAAAGAACAAGGGGAGGCGUCAAGCAGUCAGAAGCUGAGUUUUAAGGAGAGAGUACGCAUGGCUAGCCCGAGGGGCCAGAGCAUCAAGAGCAGACAAGCAUCAGUAGGUGACAGGAGGUCCCCGAGCACUGACAUCACUGCUGAGGGCAGCCCCACCAAAGUGCAGAAGAGUUGGAGCUUCAACGACCGAACCCGCUUUAGGCCCUCACUACGCCUCAAGAGUUCGCAGCCAAAGCCAGUGAUAGACGCUGACACAGCCCUUGGCACUGACGAUGUAUAUGACGAGAAAGGAUGCCAGUGUGACGUGUCUGUGGAGGACCUCACCCCACCACUUAAAACUGUCAUUCGAGCUAUCAGAAUUAUGAAAUUUCACGUGGCAAAACGGAAGUUUAAGGAAACACUGCGCCCGUAUGAUGUGAAAGAUGUCAUUGAACAAUAUUCUGCUGGUCAUCUGGACAUGCUGUGUAGAAUUAAAAGCCUUCAAACACGUGUUGAUCAAAUCCUUGGAAAGGGGCAAAUCACGUCAGAUAAAAAGAGCCGAGAGAAAAUAACAGCAGAACAUGAGACGACGGAUGACGUCAGCAUGCUCGGCCGGGUUGUCAAGGUUGAAAAGCAGGUCCAGUCCAUCGAAUCCAAGCUGGACUGUCUGCUGGACAUCUACCAACAGGUCCUUCGCAAAGGCUCCGCCUCGGCGCUCACUUUGGCGUCAUUCCAGAUCCCGCCUUUCGAAUAUGAACAGACAUCUGACUAUCAAAGCCCUGUGGACAGCAAAGACCUGUCCAGUUCUGCACAGAACAGCGGCUGCCUAACAAGGUCAGCCAGCGCCAACAUCUCAAGAGGCCUGCAGUUCAUUUUAACGCCAAAUGAGUUCAGUGCUCAGACUUUCUACGCGCUUAGCCCGACUAUGCACAGCCAAGCAACACAGGUGCCAAUGAGUCAAAACGAUGGCUCCUCCAUGGCGGCCACCAAUAACCUUGCAAACCAAAUAAGCGCAGCACCCAAGCCAGCAGCCCCAACAACUUUACAGAUCCCACCCCCUCUCCCAGCCAUCAAACACCUAUCCAGACCAGAGACUCUGCACCCAAACCCCACGGGCUUACAAGAAAGUACUUCUGACGUCACCACCUGCCUUGUUGCCUCCAAGGAAAACGUUCAGUUUGCACAGUCAAACCUGACCAAGGAUCGGUCCCUGAGGAAAAGUUUUGACAUGGGAGGAGAAACUCUGUUGUCCGUCCGCCCCAUGGUACCCAAGGAUCUGGGCAAAUCUUUGUCUGUUCAAAACCUGAUCAGGUCGACAGAGGAACUGAACCUGCAGUUUUCAGGCAGUGAGUCGAGUGGGUCCAGAGGCAGCCAAGAUUUCUACCCCAAGUGGAGAGAAUCCAAAUUGUUUAUAACUGAUGAAGAACUGGGUGCCGAGGAGGCAGAAACAGAUACUUUUGAUGUCACCCCACAGCCCGUAGGGGAAGCUGUUUUUACAUCGGACUCUCUAAGGACUGGAAGGUCGCGGUCAUCUCAGAACAUUUGUAAGACAGGAGACAGUACAGAAGCCCUCAGUUUGCCUCAUGUCAAACUGAACUAAGUUCUUUGUUUUCUUUCUAGGUAUAGCUGUUCUUUUAGCCAUACAUAUCACUGCAUGAACUAUUCUGAAAGCCCUUCUAAAAAGUCGAAAUCGCAAGAAUCGGGAAGAACAUGAACGGCAACUUAUAAGCCCGUUAUCUUUUAAUUGCAUGAAAAUGCAUGUUUAGGGAUGGCAGAAAUUCCAAGGUGCAUCGACAUUAACCCAUGCAUUUAGUAAUGUACCUUGAGUCUAAAAUCCCAAGCAAACAGUUGCUGCUGAUGCUAUGGGGUGUGCGAAGAUGUUGGGAGUAGUUCAAUUGCAAGAGUUGAUGCUGUAUUUUGAAACUGUGAGAGUAAACGCCUUCAAAAUUUCAGGCAUUUCUGCUUUUAUGACUAGAUACAAAGUACAUUUUCAAAAUUAGACCAUAAGGUAUGUUUAGACGCAAUGGCUAGCAACAGCUGCUAAUAACACAAGUAAAGCAGAAUUUGGGAUAUAACAGAAAUGGCUGCUUAUUUCAAGAUAUCUUUGCCAACCCAAUCCUUCUCAGUCAUGUUAUUAAUGUAAUUUGAAUGUCAAUCUGUGUGCUUUCAGUGACUUAGCGCUGUGGCAAGCAACUUUGCACAUCAUUGUCAUGUUGUCCUUUAUGCUGAGAAUGUUUUCUAAUUAGAAAAUGGGCAGAUACUGCUAUUCAGGGCCGGUGGGGCAGGAGACUCGAUCCCUUGACAUCAUCAGCUUCAGGAGAAUAGUCUCUGAUGGAGGGGUCAACUCUGUAAAUGGUCAAAAAUCUUUACAAGCAUACGAGCUACUGAUGGGUUUACAGCCUGUGCCGCUGGGCUGGUCUCUCUGUGAGAACACGGUUUGCCCAUCCUGCCCACUCAAAUGGCCACUGUGACCAGCUGUUCCCAUUUAGUGGGCAUGCAGGUAGGGCCCAGGGAAGAAGACUGAGGAAGACUGGAAAAGAUGACACAAGCAUUACCACCAAGUGGGUGACAUUAAAGGAAAUGGCUGCCCUCCCCCAAAGGACAGUGAGGAGAGAAGCCAAAAUGAAAUAACUAGAUUUUUUUUUAGAAAAUAAAUGUCGCUAGGAAGUUCAACUACCUAAACAUCCCUUAUUCUUGUAUAGCAGAGAAUUUUGCAAGCUAUUUAUUUUUAAUAAGCCCUGAAUGUCUUUUUGCUAUUAUGUAGUACAUUUUGCACAUGGAAGACUAAAGCUAAACUUCCUUUACUUUUAUACUAUAGUGAACAUUUUUCUAUUCUUCCCAACAAUAUUAUCCCAAAUGUGAAAUUAUCGGCUCAGUUUCUAGGUCACGAACAUUUAUAAUCACAAACCAGAUAGUAUUGGCUGUGUCUGCAGGUCAAAACCCCUUAGCAAUAUAUUGUGACAGCAAAGAAACAACAUGUAUUUCUCAAAAUGCAAGCAAUAUCGGCUGCUUAUUAGAAUUCAGCCAAGCACCUGUAAUCACAGCACUGGCAGACUGAGACCGGCGAUAGUGAGUUCAAAGCUACCCUGGAUUAUACAGCAAGAGAGUGACUCAGAAACAGAGAGAACUAAAUAUCUUGGACCAUCAGGUAUUGACCAGUAACAUUCAAAUAGGCUUAGAGCGACUAGCAUGUGUGCAUACCUGGAAUCCCACUAUUUGAGAGGUUGAGGCAGGAGGUUCAGGAAUUCAAAGCCAGCCUUGGCUGUGUGAAGCCUAGUCUCAAAAAAGAAAAAUCAAAAAAAUAAAAAAUAAAAAGGAGGGAAGGAAGGAAAGAAAUAAAGAUCUGAGAGAAGUUGGUAGACAAGAAUGACUGAAGAAUUCGUGGAGGAAGACAUUUUUUCUUAACCAUUAGUACUGGCCAGGGAGUAGGGGGCGGCGCUUUUUUCAGCAUCCAGGCCAAAUGAGCAGGAUCUAGGGAUAUCAGGAGAUUGCUCAAAGGAAGAAGAACUCCAAAUCCACCAGCCCCUCCCAAGCCUUUCCCCCAGCAGAAAGCUCUUGUCAAUGAGUUGCCCUUACUUCUCUUUCCCUUAACUAUUUGGUGAUUCCUCACCACAAUUUCCUUUAGAACCUCACCAGGCCCCAGCCAGCUGUCACCCUCAAACGAACCAAGUCUCUCUUCCUCAAAUGCGCUUCCCAGCCUCACUUCUGGCAAACGGUGAGAUGUUUAAAAGUCUUCCUUAUUUUCACCCCUCUAGGAUGCAUGCAGGGUGUGGUGGUCCACACCUGUAACCCCAGGGCUUGAGAAGCAGAGGCAGGUAGAGCUUUGUAAAUUCAAGGCCAGCUUAUCUAUAAAGUAUGUUCCAGGCCAGGCAGGGCUACACAGAGAGACUCUAUUGAAAGAAAGGAAGGAAGAAAGGAAGGAAGGAAGAAAGAAAGAAGAAAAGAAAAAAAACUUGCUUGGAAUCUGAUGCAGUCUCCUGGAGAAUAGCAUUCAGGAUCCUUUGGCGGAAGAAAACACUUACAAAAUCUGAGUUUUACACUCUAUUGAAAAAUGUCAGGUCUUUAAAGCUGUUCUUUUCAUUUUCCAAACAGAAUGCUAGUCAAUUACUAAUGUGAUUUUUUUCAUUUACCCGUGUCUCCAACUAACCUGAAGUACCCAUAUGUGUACAAAAAAAUACAUCCCUCCAUUGGGCAAGAGCCAGAAAUACCUGCCUGGCACUCAACAAGGUUUCCUGCAAGCAAUGGCUGAGGAAGAGGCAGGAGUUGACAGCUUCCAGACAGCACUGAUACUGUCUCAGGUUGAACCCCACUGGCAGCAAGAAUCAUGAAUGUAUUGGGGACCCCUUCUUAGGCAUCCUCGGGGCUCAAACACAGUAUAGUUCAUCUAACGUAGCUGAAGACUGAAGAAUUAGAGACAAAGCCAAAACACAUCACUGAAGUCUUAAGCAAAAUGUGGAAAACUACAUUGUGAAAAAAAAAAAAAAAACGAUUGUACAUUGAAGCCAUGACCAUUUUGUGUCUAUUUUAUUCUAGCACAAAAACUCUUGGACGUUGCAAGACGGGUUUCUUGGCAUGUAAACUUCAGGGUUAUACCUAUUAUGCCAUUCUCUGGGGAAAUGGAGGAGGGGAUCUCCCAUUUACACUUAGCAGAGGCCUACUGCUCCACCCCAAAGGGUGUCUGGGAGCACAGUUCAGCUGAGCGCACUAGUAGCCUUGUGUUUUCUCAGCUCAAGCCCAUCUGCCUUCUGCAAUUCACAGGGUUGAUCAAGCUAAGAUGUACAGCAGACAUCCCUUGUAGGAGGUUGACUAAAAACUGUUGCCAUGUCUAAUCUAAGUGUUUGCUUUUUGUUCAACCAAAUUCGUAUCUGUGGAUGUCAAGGUCAUUUAAAUUAAGAUGCUUUACUGGGUUUUCUGAUGCUCUGAUGAUUUCUUGUUCUUAGGUGCCUUUCUGACCUCUUGUUGGCACAGUUUUGUCUGGAAGGUUCUUAAUCUGAAAGUCAAACAAGUCUAAUAGAGGAGUCGAGGCACAAACUAACUAGAUAUCAUAACCAUUUCCAGAUUGAAACCAUAAAUGAUGAAACCCAGACAAACAGAUCAUUCAAUCAUAUCAAGGAAAUAUCAUAAAUGCUAAUUCUCCAGAACCUGAUUUUUUUUGCCUUAAAUGACAUGGUUGUGUUUUGUAAGAGAAUUUAAUUUAAUAUAAUUAUGUGCAUUUAAGUGAGUGGUUCUAAAGUCAUGUAGGAAAACAACACAAUUGUCUGUUUCCUGAAAACAACUAAAUCAGAAAUACCAUACCCAUUUCAAGCUAUCAUUAAAAUGUAAUUUCCUUUGCUCUCUUUUACUGAGAUAUUUGUUUUAAACUAAAACAUUAAAAAGAUGUCUAUAAA